AAGUCCACCCUAGAUAACUGGCAGCAUCAGGAAACAGCAUAGUGACAGAGACCUCAUUCACGUUCAUCGCUUUUCAUUUGGCUCUCGCUUAGGGAACAAGAACAAAGGGAUUAUUGAAAUUUGGGAUUAUAUUACAGUAUAAGAAACGUUUGGUAAUUUUCAUGAUUAUGACCAUGAUCAUCAGGCAGGGGGCGCUCAUUGCUUUCUGUUUCUGUUCGACUGUGAUUGUGAGCAGGGAGGAGCAGGCAUAUUUUGCAGAAACAUUUGACACAAGCCCAUUGGAUAGAGCCGAAUAAUAGUCACAUCUCAUCUGUCUCAUCUUUGUUUGUGCUGAAGAAAAUGGGUUAUUUCCCAGUCACUGAAAGAAGGAGACUUGGACAUUCAUAAAUAUGAUGGAAAGUGGCUUUUAGAGGAGGCAAUGAAUCAAGCCUCCACAGGAAAUAAGGGCCUUGUCCUUAAGUCUCCUGGCCGUCACCAUGCUAUUUCUGCAUACCUACGGACAGUCUACCACUUCAGAGAAAAUCCUCUGUGUCUACAGUAUGAAGUUUUCUUCCAAAAUGGCAUUGACUGUGGAGGAGGCUACAUAAAGUUGCUGUCUGAUUCGGACGACCUGCGAUUGAGUCAGUUUAAUGAUGCCACACCGUACACCAUCAUGUUUGGUCCAGACAAAUGUGGAAGUGUAUACAAAGUACAUUUCAUCAUCCGCCAUCGGAACCCACUGACAGGCGAUUAUGAGGAGAAGCAUGCCCGGCAGCCUGACACUGACCUGAGUGACUAUUUCACGGACCACAACCCUCAUCUCUACACUCUUAAUUUGUAUCCUAACAACACAUUUGAAAUUCUAAUUGACCAAACACUAAUCAAUAACGGCAGCCUACUAGAGGACAUGGAUCCCCCAGUGAUGCCUCCACGUGAGUUAGAGGACCCGGAAGAUACUAAACCCUUUAACUGGGAUGACAGGCGUUAUAUUCCAGAUCCCACGAUAACCAAGCCUUAUGACUGGGAUGAAGAAGCACCUCGGCUUAUUGCUGACCCCACAGCGCAGAGACCUCAUAGCUGGAUAGAAGAGCAGGAGCCCUUUGUCCCUGAUCCUGAGGCUCAAGCUCCACAUGACUGGUCAGUGGAGAUGGAUGGAGAGUGGGAAGCUCCACUCAUUGAUAACCCUGCCUGCUCCCAUGCGGCAGGCUGUGGGCCGUGGAAGCCUCCCAUGGUGCCCAACCCAGCAUAUAAAGGGAAGUGGAAACCACCUAUGAUUGACAACCCAAAUUAUCAGGGAAAAUGGCAGGCACGAAUGAUCCCUAACCCAGCUUACUUUGAGGACACUCAGCCAUUCAGAAUGAGUCCUGUGUCUGCAGUAGGCUUUGAGUUGUGGUCUCUAACUGGAGAUGUGCUGUUUGACAACAUCCUGUUGUGUGAUGACCUCAUGAUCGCCAGACACUGGACAGAGGACACAUGGGGACAAAGUCAGAGACCUGGAGUUGUGGAGAGGUUACUGCUUGCCACAGUAAAGCGUCCCUGGCUCUGGGGUGUGUACGUGUUCACCGUGGGCCUUCCCAUCAUCCUCUUUAUUAGUUUCAUGUGGCCUGAUAAGCGAUUUGGCCCCUCGGAUCAGGAUUAUUACUACAAAAAAUGUGAUGAGCCUCAGCCAGACAGUCCACAGGAUCCAGAGGGCAACACCACAAAUUUCACAGAUAAUGGACCCAACAAAUCUACUGGCCUGAGGAAACGGGAAGCCAACAAAGCACAGAAAAAAUCAGACUUGGAGUUAAAGGUCUUCAAAUAAUGCAAGUCAAAGUUAACCAAUGGAAGACAAAACAUUUACUUAGACUUUUAUACAUUUUAGACAUUUAUUUAGACUUACAAUAUACUAUACUUGAACUAUUCACUGGACACUCCAGAG